CACAAUCACGACUACAACGCGAACAACACACCCAAAAAACUGAGAAUUGUCGCCUUAUACCACAGAUGUCCAUCCGGAAUCAGGGCGCUUAUGGAAGAAAAUUUGAUUUCUCCGCAAACAUAUAAUGGGGAUAAAAGUUGUGGAGGAGGAGAAGAAAGGAAAUUGUUUAGAAAGUUAUUAAAAAUCUCCCAUUGACUUCGAUUACUAAUUAAGUCUCCCGAAUGCGUAAAAUUUUUUAACGAGAUCCCUUCCAAUACCUGUGUAUCAAACCACCCCGCAGCAAAUCAGGCAACUUAUUCAAGCAGGAAAACAAGACAGGGGAUACAAGAAGUCACUUAUUACAUAACCAACAACAUCUCUAUGAAAGUUUUAUUUUAUGUGUCGAGGGGAAAAUUGAAAACGUACAUCAACCACGAGAUGAGUGUGUAAUAUGCGUGCGAUUUCGCCUGGCGCUUUGAACCGCGCAUGGUCGUUGUGGAAACGGCGCGUAUUUAAGGGAUGAACCCUUGCGAAUCUCACCACUAUCGUACCGUUCUCAACAUCACGUUAAACCGACUUCCUUCACACGUGUAUUUCUUGUUGUGUAUCCGUCGUCGAGGAGCAGCUUGCCAUCCCUCUGACUCGAGGAAUAGUUUCUACUUUUGGGCAACAGACAUGGGUUCCACAGUCAUGAUUUGCUUCCUGAUAAUGACAAUGGCGGUCGUCUACAACGUCUCCGCGGCACUACCUACUCAAUGUAGUCCUGGAUUCCUGGACGAUCUCCCGCCAAGGAUCCGCAAAGUCUGCGCCGCCCUCUCCAGAAUAUACGAACUCGGUUCAGAGAUGGAAAGCUACAUCGAUGAGAAAGAAAAUCAUAUAACAGGAUUCCACGAGAACAUCCCAUUGCUGGACAGCGGUGUUAAGAGACAGGAUGUUGAUCACGUUUUCUUACGCUUUGGAAAACGUCGCUAGACGUGAAGAAUUAUGCUUAAUAUUCUAAAGAAUUGAAUCUCUUCGAAUCUUGUCAUUGCCUCAUUCAGCUAUGAAGACCUUUGUAUCUGUUUCCAGAUUCUUACAUAUGAAACAGUAUUAUUUAAGCGCCGUCCUCUCUUUAUUUCUUGUUAGCAAAUAAUUAAACAAUAAAUAUGGAUAUUUAAUUCAUCAA